AUGGAUCAAGUAUUAGAGCAAAAACUCCGUCAAGCUGCUCAAGCUGUUGAAGAACAAGUCGAUGCUGAAUUGAAUCGAUUAGACAAGUUAAGUGAGACAGAUAUCGAGAAAAUGCGUGCUGAACGACUGGAGUCCAUGAAACAGGAACAUAAAAAACGUCAAGAAUGGCUUGCUAAUGGUCACGGUGAAUACGAAGAAUUGCCUAGUGAAAAAGAGUUGUUUGAUAUAACGAAGAAGAGUGAACGUAUUGUUUGCCAUUUCUAUCGGGAUUCGACUAUGCGUUGUAAAAUCGUCGAUAAACAUUUGGACAUUCUCGCUCGAAAACAUAUCGAAACGAAAUUUGUUAAAUUAAGUGUUGAUCGCGCACCAUUUAUCACUGAACGUUUGAAUAUUAAAACAAUACCAACCCUUGCAUUGCUGAUUGAUAAUAUUGUCAAAGAUAAAAUCAUUGGAUUUACCGAUUUGGGCAAUCACGAUGAGUUUUCCACGGAAGUUCUUGAAUGGCGUCUCGGUUGUGGUGGCGUUAUCGAUUAUAAAGGUGAUCUGAGUUCACCACCAGAUGAAAAAGGAAAAAAGAAAUCAAUAAAUCUCCUCGGAAAGAAAACGAAAACAAUACGAAAUGGAAUGGGAGGGCGAGAUGAUGACGAUGAAGAAGAAGAAGAAGAUUAA